AUGACCGCAGAGGACGGCACUGUCAUUACCACCGUCACCAAGGAGUGCAAUGAGGCCAGGAAAGACUAUAAGAAUGCUGUCCAACUUGGACAGACCACCAGCCUCGUUGAACAUGUUACUGAUGAUGCCCUUCCCACAGGUGAGAUGAUUACUACCACAGUUACUUAUGUGCUCGACCUCAUGGAGGAUGAUACUACUGACCAGAUCAGACUGCAGAUCCUGAUUGUCAAUUGGGGCAUGGCAGCUGGCACAGUGGAGGCUGGAACCACCAUCCAACAAGCUCCCAUGAAGAUUUCUGCAGUUUAUCCUGAGCACUGUUCCAUAGUCUCCACUUUUGUUGAAGGCACGAGCUUCCUACUCUCAAGAGAGAUCAUCCUCUCAGGACAGCAUGACAGGCUCAGCAACGUUCUCCAAUUCUCCAUCCCUGUGCAAGUCAUCAAGUUUUCUUCAGACCAUCCACACCAAAGGUCCAUCCUGACUCUAGCCACUUGCCAGUUCAUCAUGGACUUAGAUGACAGCAAUCGCAAGGAGCUCUCAUCAGAUACCAAGGCCCUUAUCACUAAACUUGGCAUCGAGUACCAGCUGGUGAGCCAGUACAUGUCCUUCGUUGCCAUGGAAAAGUGCAUCACAAACAAAGUUGACCUCACCACUGAACACAUCUACGAGCUGUCCAAAUCUAACACUGGGCCUGCAAUGCGCAUGUGUGCAAAGUGA